UGUGGUCUAAACAAUUUCUGGGAAACUUUUCCUUAAAACUUGCGUAGUAUUUACCGUGGGAUUUUCUGCUUGUUUUAACGUCAAUGAAGUGUAAAUAGUAAAACAUAAAGCAAUAAGUAAUUAAUAUUAGUUGUAAUGGAAGUUCUAAAAGAUUAUGAUAAUGCAGACACGAUCAGUAUUGAUACGCUGGCGCUUGAGGAACUCCUUGAAGAGGAAAGGGCGAGAGAAUUGGCCGAUUUGAACUCGCUGAGUAAAAAAGUGUGUCACCUUCACACAAGUUUGCUGUAUUAUCGUAACUCGAAAUCUAAGAUGGGUGUCGCGAGCUAUGAAACUUGGAGGACGCUGGUAAAGAAGGUUGGAGGCACCCCCGACGGUUGGAGGGAUCUUGGCUACAUUUUAGGCAUACCACAGGAUGAUUUAGACUACAUAUCAAACUCCAUGAAAUAUGAACCUGACCCAACAAAUGUAGUACUUAAAGUGUUCAUGCAAGAUGAAGAUUCAACACUAGACAAAAUUAUAGAUGCUUUCCUAAAACUGAAACGAUACGACAUAUUAAAAGCACUUGAGCAGUCACUCCUGGAUCUCACACAAUGCUUCAAUGAUAAACAAGAAGAUAGCGGUUACCAUAGCAACAGCAAAAAUGUACAGCGAGAGAUCAUAAGUUACAUGAAAAAUUUGGUGGUUGAUUUACCACCAGCAUUAUCAAAGAAUAAAGAUCAUAACCAGCCAAAUCCACUUCCGAGAAUACCGUUCCACCCAGUAGAUAUUAACAUACAAAAAGAAGGACCUAUUCUUUUUCUUACGUAUGCAGAAGAUGGUGUGCGGUCAGCUUGUAAAAUUCAGCAGUUGGUAGCCGAUUGGGAUUCUGAAGUUACGGUGGUUAUGCUGAAUGACAAAAGGGACGAAGUUUAUCAGAAUCCGGAGAGAUUUAUUAGGGAGUAUGUGGAAAAGGCUGACUAUGUAGUACCAAUCCUGACAACGGGUUACCUAAGCGCUAUAAGAGCACACAACACAAGCGCACCUAGCACCAACGGCAACUUGGACCACAAAUACGUCAACUAUGUCUACAAUUUAAUCACUGGACAGUACAAUGCCGAUGGAUGUCUCAAUAAGAAGGUUAGAAGCGUGUUGCCUGAAGGAGUAUUCGUUCCAUGGAUGAUGAUAUCGUCUCAUCCGGUGUUGAAGCCAUGGACCUGUGAGGUGGAGUUUGAUAAGCAGUUCAAAUCAUUUUUGGGCUUGAGUAGCUUUUAAUAGAAUAUUACUGUAUUUUUAAAACGGGCCUUAAUAAAAAAUAGAGGUCCUACAGAAAAGCUUUAAGGACUAGCUAGACGUGUCUUUUGGACAACAUGCUGGCCUAAUGUGACAUGGCCUUACAGAAUGUGCGAAAAGGAUGCAGGGACGCGAAUGACGCGAUAGGCCAUGUCUUGCGACCGUCCUUGCCCGCCUGCCCUCGGCAUUUUAUCAAUAUGAUGAUAUUUACAUUUUAUAAUGAAAUUUCCACACUUUGUUCUUGAAAAUGCCAUGCAGUUAGCUUAGUCCAACUAGUGAUACUUUAAAUGGUUUUUGACUUGUUUGGUACAAAUUGCAUUACAUAUUUAAAAAACUAUGAAAUAUCAAAUAUUAUAUUUUUGUCUUGCCUUGAUUAUACAUUAAAGCAAAUUGGCCGUAGUUUUCCUAUAUUUAAAAGUUACGGUCACGUAUUUUUGUAAGAUAUAGAUAUUAAGUGCCUUUGAACUGUAUAAAUAUUUUUUUAAAUACUGAAUUGUCAUGAAAUGAGGCUGUAUCAUAUCAUUAGCCCUGCUUUAAUAAAGCUGUCAGAAAAUUAGUUCAAAUUGAAUUAGAUUAGCCUGAAUAAGUAUUUAAUGAUAACUUAAUAAAUUGCCUUAAUGUACCUUAUUAUUAUGUAAGUAAUUAAUAAUGAUUGGGUUGUGUGCUCAAAUUCUGGCAGUUUAAUUAUAAUAAAUUAAUAAUGUAAUGGUUUAAUUUUGAAUAAAAUACUUUUUUU